CCCCAAUUUAUCAGUUAUCGAUAAAUGCACCGCGCUACGGUCACAUUGUUGCAGCACUGUUUGAAUGAAAGUGGAAUAUAUUUGAACAAAAUGCUUAAAUGUGAUAUAUGCAAUAAAAGCAAUGAGGAUGAGGAUGAAGAUGAUGCGCUGCUAUAUGGCGAAUGGAUGGUCAAACAGAAGGUAACGGUGCACUACUAUUGCCUGUUGCUGUCGACGAAUUUAGCUCAACGCGGCGGCGAUUCGAGCGGAAUUUUAGGCUUUUUGUUGCGCGAUAUACGCCAAGAGGCAGCCGCGGCACAAAAGCGUAAAUGUGCCUUCUGCCGCGAGCAAGGCGCCAGCGUUAUUUGUUUCAAAUGUCGCAUUGUUUUCCACAUGAGCUGCGGCCUGGAAAAUCGUUGCAUCUAUCAUUUUCGUGAUGAUUUUCGCAGCUACUGUGAGAGCUGUGCCCCGCUGGACGAAUACAAAAAACAGUUGCUGGCCAACCCGCCAAAGACGGCCAUCUGUGACAUCUGCUUCAACCCCAUCUCGCCCUUUCUACUGCACACUGUCACCUACGGCGAUUGUUGCCGCAAAGGCUUUGCUCAUCGGACGUGCAUGCGACGCUAUGCUUUGGCGUCUGGCUAUUAUUUGCGCUGUCUCUGGUGUCGGUCAAAGAGCUUUCAUGAUAACAUACGACUGCAGUCGGUCUUCGUGCCCGAUCGCGAUGCGACGUGGGAGCGACAACCGAAUGCCUAUAGUGAGCUGCACAACAGGCGAAUGCGCUGUGAGCAAACUGAGUGCCUGUGUCCAAAGGGACGGGAUUUCAAUCGUAAUACCUGGACCAUUCAGCCGUGCAUAUUGUGCGCUGCCACGGGCACUCAUUACAAAUGUUAUGUGGGCACAGCGCGUUUGUCGCGCACCACUGCCAAAGAACCGAACAAUUUCAAAUGCAACACGUGCACUGAGGUGGAGGCAAAGCUCCAACAGUCCAAGCAAAAACAAGUGCCCUCGCCAAAUAGCAACUGGGAAACAGCAGACAAAAACAUUGAUUCAUCUUAUUAUAUGCCUAAGAAUUGUUACGAACUGACCGUCGCAGCUGAUGAUGAUUCGCUGGUGCACUCCGGAGAGGAUUCGUCGUCAACUGAAGCCAGCGUCGUGACCGUUUUGGGCUCGCAGCGUAUGACAGUGCUUAGCUGUGAUAAAUUAAACGAUAUAGCAAUGGGGCAGGCGCAGUCGCAGUCGCAGAUGCCGACUUCAACUCCAACAUCUGUGGAACAAACCGUCAUUGAGCUGCCGGACACACAGCCCAUAGCUACGCAACAGCUACUGAUCAGCUGCUUGAAGCCACCUUUGUUACUGCGCGAAUCCUUCACAAACGGCUCAUAUUUUUAUCUCAUUGUCUACGAAUACAACGAGCAGUUGGCAAAUCCCUGCAGGGGCAGUUGCACCUUGCGCUUUGCUUUAGAUGAUAAACGCCUGGGCGAUCGGUCAACGCAGACACUGGAGCAACUGCAGCUGCUGGAAACAGACAUUUGGUAUCGAGAUAGCGAUCGUGGCAUCUACGACAAAAUCGAUCAAUAUACCAACAAAUAGCUUCGGCUUCGACAAUGUUUAACAAAUUAUAUAUAUUACAAUUAAUAGCAAC